AGCAACGGCCACCUUGCCUUGUACCUCUUACAUAAAGCCACCCAUAAGCCAACGUUAUAGACUGAUUGUUCCUCCCGUCCGCACUAAAACGCUCUUUUAAUCUUCGGACCCUCAAAACUCCUUUCGAACAACGAAAGGGAAUGAAUACGACAUCGAGAUAUAUACUUCUUAUACUUGGAAUUUUGUUCUCUCUUCAUUGGAUUCUCAGUCUGACUCAUGAAGAAUACAGUCGAGUUACUUCAAUCGACAGCAUAGCGUCUCAUUUUCGAGGAGGAACAGCUGCUGAAAAGCAUCCAGUACCAGAAGAAUACCUCGAGUUGAACAGUGGGACGCUAUCAUACAACCGCAAAGCGAAUGCCACGUUCGUCGUCCUGGCACGGAACAGCGAUCUGGAAAACACAGUUAGAAGUAUCCGGAGAAUGGAGGACCGGUUUAACAGGGUUCACAGAUACCCGUAUGUGAUCUUGAAUGAGGUACCGUUUACAGAUGAAUUCAAAAAGCGUGUUUCCAAUGUCAUCACAUCCUCAGUGGAGUUUGGCCUUAUUCCGAAAGAACACUGGUUCCAGCCUGAUUGGAUAGAUGAGGAGAAAGCAACGGCAGGGAGGAAGAAGUUGGAAGAGGAGGGUGUCAUUUACGGAGGAAGUGUAUCGUACCGCAAUAUGUGCAGAUUUAAUUCGGGAUUCUUUUUCCGUCACCCACUCAUGCUAAAGUACCGUUGGUAUUGGCGUAUCGAGCCAGAUAUCCACUACCACUGCGACGUCAAUUUCGAUCCGUUCCUAUUCCUGGAAGACCACAACAAGAUUUAUGGUUUCACCAUUUCCAUGUACGAAUUCGAGAAGACCAUACCGACAUUGUGGGGGCAUGUCAGAGAUUUCAUGAAACUUCAUCCGGAAUACAUCGCUGAAGACAACGCCAUGGGAUUCAUGUCGGAAAACAAUGGCGAGACCUACAAUUUGUGCCACUUCUGGUCCAAUUUCGAAAUCGCUGAUAUGGACUUCUGGCGAGGGCCAGCCUACACUGCGUUCUUCGAAUACCUUGACAAGCAGGGUGGAUUCUACUAUGAACGUUGGGGAGAUGCACCCGUUCAUUCAAUAGCAGCUGCAAUUUUCGCGAAAAAGGAUCAAAUCCACUUCUUUGAUGAAAUAGGGUAUGAGCAUAAUCCGUACACACAUUGUCCAAAGAAAGAGGAGAGUUGGGAACGUGGACGGUGUGGAUGUGAUAGAGGCAGGAGUUUUGAUUACGAUGGGUAUUCGUGUCUCAGCAAGUGGGAUCGAUUGAUGGAGGGUUGAUUCCCAAAAGAACCAACACUUUGAUAGUUUCGACAAUUCUAUAUUGUCAAGCUCCGUGUAACUCCUGCGUAUUAUAGAUUGUAUAUCAUAGAUACCUUCCAUUAGACACACGUAGCCGAAUGUUACUGUUGCAAUUUUGGGGCGCUAGGCGCGUUCCCCUCUCUUCGUCUCUCACCACCAUUUUGUAAACCUCGACGCACUUGUUCUUCUACCACCAUGCCCAACAGCCACCGAUAUCCAAUUUGUUAAUCGUUUCUUGAUAUAAAUUUGGCGACGCUUGAUCGCUAUCAUUGCGUAAGGCAGACACGACGACGACGGAAACUCCUUUCAUGAUAUUUGGGAAUACAUAUUCUUCC